AUGAAGUUCAACGCUUUGUCUGGCUUGGCGUGUCUCCUCCUCGCCGGCCAGUGCCACGGUCUCGUUUCCGAGAACUUCGAUACCUGCCCAGUUGACGAAUCUGCGACCUGCCAAUGCCCGCCCAUCAGCAGAUGCCGACCCGCAAACUACUUGCCGGAGCGAUUCUUCCCCCGGACGGACGACACAUGUCCGAAUGGUUCGCCUCCUUGCUGUGUCGAGAGAGGACCUGGACCUUUGAAAAUGUCAUCCUCUACGAGCCAAACCAACCUUCAGUGCGGCCAAGGUUUCAGCGAUAGUGAUCCGCAAGACGUUCCAAAUGGAGUUACCUACUCCGUCGAAGACUGCCCCACGAGCGGAAAAUGCCUCCACAUCGUCCUCAGCCCGACCAGUACUGUUACCGUCACAGACAUCCACCUGCAGGUCGACGACGAUCCCAUCACCGUCAACACUGGGCUUGGGAACUGGGCUUUCAAUAGUUAUUGCACUGAGAGCCCCAGUGAGUGCUGGGUCCCGGUCAGCGCUGUUCUUGACACAUUCGAAAACCCAUCGGCGAGCUCCUUGUGCGGCAAGUCUGUCUACGUUGCAGCUGGAAUCUCCAUCUCUGGUGAUGGCGGCGGUGCCACCUGUUUCAACCAAGGACCGAGGAUCAGCGACACUGGUAACUGGUUCAUGUACUAUGCACUGAAACUUGAGUGCGAGGAGGAUGUUUGCCAGCGCAAAUGCUGCUGCGCAUCUGGCCCGCUGCGCAGAAGAAGCCAUGUGUAG